CGCAGAACGCUGCCUGCCUGCCCACUUUGUGCUUCAACGCAAAUCCCACUAUAGCAUCAUAUCAUGUGCCAUGACUGUGGCCAAAGAAGCUGCAAGAAGCUUUUGGAAAUGUUUUAAGAAAAAGGGAGCUCCUGAGAGCUUUUCAGCAGAGCCUGUCAAUUCUCUGCCUCUAUAGAGCUGCUGAUAGUGGACCCUCAGGCUGCAAAGAAAGUGGAACCCUGUCAAGUGCACUGACCUGUGUCCUCUCCCUCCUUUAGUCAGAGUGCUCAGUGAUACAAUUGCACCACAAUGGAAAUUCAAUCAAGAGAUGGACCGAGUGAGUAGCGACUGCUCUCAUGUCUGUCUCCAGCUCGCCUGCAAAUCGAUCAAUGAAUCUAAAGGGGAACUUUAAACACAUCUGGAUUAAAGAUACUUAAGUAUUGGGAGGCUUUUUAGAGAUCAUCACUUUCACCAACUCUGCUGGCAGCGCAAGUUUAACCAGGGCAGGACUUCCUGAAAGAUUUAAACCAGAGGAACCGGAUUCACUCUGUGGACUCAGAGGUCAUCCCACUGACCAACUGUGAGGCCAUGUACCAAGCAGCUGUCUCCAAGCAAGCAGACAACACCAUCUACAGCGGGGUCAUGGAGGAGUCGGAGGUCUGUUCCCUGCCUGGGGGACUUGCCAGUGUGAGGAAACAAUUUGAGACCCAGGAAACUGCAACAUCACAUGUAACCCAGUUCCAUUUUCAUCACAGAACUGUGCAGGAAACCUCAAACUCCGGGGUGACAGUGUUGAGCAGCAGCAGGCAGGUCAUCCCAGGCAGUCAGCAGUUAAACUUCAGCCAAGAAAUGAUGGUGUCACACAGCGACAAUAACUUGGAAUCCAGUUAUGAAAACCAUCAAAAUGAAGAAGAGGAGUUUCCCAGGUACACCACAAAAGAACUGAGGGAUCACUUUGAAAGAACAAUAGAAGAGGCUGCUCCACAAAAACUAGUUAAGAUUGGACGUGACAUCAAUCGAUCUAAGUGGUGCUCAAAUGUGACACAAAACAACACAGUGACUAGUGAGGUGUAUGAAACAUCAGCCACUGAAGCAUCAGAGGACACAAUGGCUGCAGUGAUGGAUUAUGAGGACUUUCCACCCCCGCCGGCUGAGGAUUCUGAUUAUCUUCCACCCCCACCUCCAGACUUACUACAAAUGCCAUCAGACAGCCAAAAUAUGCCUGAGUGCCAUUACUCACCUGAGCCUGCAGAACCAGAAAACCCUUCCAAAUACCCACUCAACAAAGAGGCUUACUUCAAGCAGAGGAGUAUGUAUGAGCUGAAACGUCUUUACAAGCACAUCCAUCCUGAGGUCCGUAAAAAUAUUGAAAAAGAGUACUACAAUGACUACAAUGAGACUGAGAACAACCAGUUAGAGAGCCAAGAGUACAUGUAUGAGGAUGAUGGUGGUAGUCCUGAUGAUAUCAAUGACGAAGACUAUGGGGAAUGGGAAGAGAUCCUCCCCGGGGAGGUGCAGGCAAUGCGUUGGAUGUUUGAAAAUAAGCCACUAGACACCAUCAAAGAUGAAACUCCAGAUGAAGACGAGGACAACAAGAAAAUAACUGAGCAGGAAAUAAUUCUUGGAAAAGAUGUGAGACGCACAGCUUGGAUGUUUGAGACAAAACCAAUGGAUAAGCUGGGUUCAACCAAUACCAACUCAACAGAGUAUAAAAACAAAUUCAACAAAUUUGACAAAGGAGAUGUACGUGCUGCAGCAUGGUUGUUUGAAACCCAAACAAUGGACACUCUAAACAAAAUGCAUAAGGAGGAGGAUCUGACAAAAGAGGUUUUAUUCACAGAAGAGGAUGGAAAUGCUACCAUUUACAUGAUUGACAAUAAGUACAUGGAAAGCCUUGGGCACACUGAGACAAUUGACGAGAGCCACCUGCUGAGUCUAAGGUCAGUAUUAGAGGAAAUUACUGAUGAGGUGAAAACUGUAACAACCACUUUUGACACUCAGUUUAAAUGCAUCAUCAUGGGACAAUCCAGCCAGAUGCUGGAGAUUAAGUCUGUGCGCAAAAUUGAAACUGAAUUGGAGAACUCUAUUGCCUCACGUUGGCUUUUCGAUACCCAACCUCUUGAUGUGACAAGCGGAGAACCUGACUCUUUGAAACUUGUGUGUAGUCUUUCCAUGGAGGACAGCAACAAGGGAGACUGGGGCAGGUGGUUGUUUGAGAUAAAGACAUUAAAUUCUCUAGAUGAGUGGGAAAGUUCAAACAUAGAGACAAACGAGAUCGUUGGAGCUGAUGUGCGCAAGCACUGUUUAGUGUUUGAAACUCAGCCAAUGGAUUCUCUGAAGGAUGAUUCCAAUGCCAGACCUCAGUCCAUUGAAGAAAUUAUCGGGGGCAAUGUUAGAUCUGCGAGACACUUUUUCGAAAGCAGCCCUCAAGCAGAGAGGAAGAUUGGCCCUGAGGUUGGAAAACUUAAAAAAGCAGCAGUAAAUGAAGAAAUAAAAGGGGAUGUGAGACAUCAGAAGUGGCGCUUUGAGAGUCAGCCUUUAGAGCAUAUAAGAGAGGAGAAGAAAGAGAUUACUCGCACGGUGAAUGUUGAGGAAGACCUCACACAGGAGGAUGGCACAAGCUGCAGGGCAGAUGUUCGCAAGAACUGCUGGGUAUUUGAGACCCAGCCAAUGGAUACUUUAAAAGAUGAUUCAAAUACUCGCCCCUUGACAAAAGAGGAAAUUAUUGCAGGUAACGUGAGAUCAGCUAGAAAUUAUUUUGAAACGAUUCCAGCUGAGGAGUUGAAGGAGCUUGCAGAGGUGGGAAAACUGAAAAAAACAGUAGCCCUUGAUGAGGAGAGGGGUGAUGUCAGACAUCAGAAAUGGCGAUUUGAAAGCCAACCCCUGGAACAGAUUAGAGAGGAACAGAAGGAAAUCAUCCGAACAAUCGACCUGGAAGAAAUUGAUAAAGUGGAUGUGUCAAACUACAAGUACAUGUUUGAGAGCACAGAUUUAACUAGAAUGGAUGAAUCUCAGAAGAUUCUCAUAGAGGGUGUAACAUCUGGUUCUGUGAAGUCAAAUAAAAACCUGUUUGAGUCAACUCCUUUGUAUGCCAUGCAAGACAGCUCAGGCCACUUCCAUGAGGUGAAAACAGUGCGCCGCGAAGAGGUUGUCAAAGGAGAUGUGACAACAUGUAAAUGGAUGUUUGAAACACGGCCAAUCGACCAAUUUGAUGAAAGCAUUACUAAUUACCAGAUUAUUAAAGGCAUAUCCAAACAAGAAAUAGAAUCUGGUGAUGUCAAAACUGCAAAGUGGUUGUUUGAAACACAGCCUCUUGAUGCUAUUAAGUACUUCAGCAAUAUUGAAGAUGAGGAAAUCGUAAGUAAAGAUCUUGACAUUGUGAAGGGUGAUGUGAAAACCUGCAAGUGGCUAUUUGAGACAAAACCAAUGGAUGUCUUGUAUGAAAGAGUGGACUUAAAAGGUGAAAAUGAAUCUGAAGAAAUGCUUAAGGGAGACGUCAAAACCUGCACGUGGCUUUUUGAGACACAAGCACUUGACACUCUCCACGACGAGACAGAGACCGUUUUGACAACAUGCACUGCAAAUCAAGAGGACAUUAGAGGAAAAGAUGUAAGAAUGGCUUGUUUUCUCUUUGAGACUGAGAAACUCGAGGACCUCACUGGAGAGGAGACGGACUCUUUUAAGCGUGUCACAGAGAUAGACAUUGCGUCUGGAGAUGUGUCAAGGAUGAAAUACAUUUUUGAAAACCAAACAUCCGACAUCAUGACUUCUACAUCUGAGGAAGUAAUGCACAACCUCAAGAGAGUUCAGACAGAGGACAUUCAGAAAGGAAACGUGGUGAACUGCAAAUGGCUUUUUGAAAAUCAAUCCAUAUACACAAUACGCAAUAGCGAAGAGGAAUCGAUGAGCAGCCGCACAGUGAAUGACGUACAAGGAGGAGAUGUAGAUAAGGGCCGUUUGAUCUUUGAGACCUACUCUUUAGAUCAAAUUCGGGAGGAAUCCUCUGAGACGGACACAGAGCUGAUGAAAAUGCAAAAGAUUGUCCGCGAUGAUGACGAGAAGGGUGACGUGAGAAAUUACACCAUGAUGUUUGAAACUCAGCCCCUUUACGCCAUUCAGGACAAAGAGGGCCAUUACCACGAGGUCACCACUGUCACAAGUGAAGAAGUCACAAGUGGAGAUGUAGUUGGAACCAGGUGGUUGUUUGAAACCAAACCCCUUGAUGCUAUCAGGGACACAGAUGAGGUUUAUAUAAUCAAAUCUGUUACACAGCAGGAUGUGCAAAAAGGAGACGUCACCUCUGCCAAGUGGAAAUUUGAGACACAGCCUCUUGAUAAGAUUGCUGAAGAAAAUAAGGCUUUAAUAAAGACUGUGGAUGACAUUCAAGGGGGCAACGUUAGAGUGAAUAAACAUCGUUUUGAGUCUGAUGCCCUGUCACAGGAAUCUGUUAGAACCGUUAAUGUGAGUGAAAUACAAAAAGGUGAUGUCAGGACUGCAAAAUGGAGAUUUGAAACCCAGUCCAUUGAUAAAAUAAGAAGCAUGAGCUCUGAAAACCUGAUUGAAACAGUUCAAAAGGAGGAGGUUGCAAAGGGAGAUGUUAAACAAUCAGUCUGGCUCUUUGAGAAAAAUCCUCUUGACCACAUCAAAGAGGUAGAUGAGGCUGAGGAUACACCUGUCAAUCAGGAGGAAAUUCCCAAAGCGGAUGUAAAGACAACAACGUGGCUCUUUGAAACGACACCAUUUGAUGAUUUUAAUGAGACAAGAAUGGAGAAGACUGAAAUCCUGGGCAAGAGUAUCAAGGGAACGCUCGACGAACUUUACAGUCAGAAAAUGGUGAAGUCGAAGGGUAUACUCAUUGAAACUGAUGAAAUUGGAGAUGUUAGGAUGGCAAAAUACCAACUGAUGAAUAAGCAGGCUCCAGAGAUUCAACGAGAGGAAGUGAUCAGGGGAGAUCUGCAGACUAUUAUGAUGAACCUACUGAACACACAGGAAAGAAAGGAGAGGCAGAUAGUCAUAGAUUCAGAGGAGAAGGGUAAUAUCAGUUCAACAGUGCAACAGCUUUUCAACCAAGAGAGAGACAGCAGCAUUGAAAGGGAGGAAAUAUUACGAGGUGACAUUCAGGAAGCUAUAAACAACCUUUUCAACGAGGACGGGUCAGCCAAACAUGGAAUACUCAUCCAGGAGGAUGAGAAAGGAGACGUACAGAUGACAAUAUAUUCCCUUCUGAAUAAACAAGAGAGUGUUACUGCUGAAAAAGAGGACAUAGUAAGAGGGGAUAUAAGGAGUGCUCUUCAAAGGCUGUCCAGCACAGACAAGAAGGAUAUCACAGUGAAGAUAACAGUAGAUGACACUGAAAAAGGAAAUGUCAACUUUUACUCCACUUGCAUUGAAUCUGGGGCUCUAGAUUAUCUUAAACAGCUACACGUAGAACCUGAUGAGACUCUACCUGAGAAAGAAGAAAAAGAGAAAAUUGUUGGAGGCGACAUCAAGGGCACAAAACUCAUCCUCGGUCGUAAUCAAACACAAAUUGAGCGAACAGUGGAGGAUGUUGUACCAGGCGACGUUCACAACACAGUGAAAGUUUUCAUGUCAGAGCCAACCAUCUCAUUAGAAGGUCUCCAGAAGGAGGAGAUAGUCAAAGGUGAUUUAAGGGCCACUUUGAAUUCGCUGUCUGAGUCAGUGAAUCAGGCAAUUGUUGUGGAGAAAGAGGAAGUGGUGAAAGGCAACAUACCAAAAGCUCUGCAGUGCCUGGAGAGGGCUCAGAAGCGGUACAAGGAAGUGGAGAAGCCAGAUAUCGUACCAGGAAAUAUCAAAGGGGCUCUGAGAUCUCUCGAGAAAUCUGCAACUUCCAGAGUUGAGGCUGUUGUUGAGGAUUUAGUUCCUGGAGAUGUUAAGGCCACACUGAAAUCUCUGGAGCUGGCAAAGCAAACAGUGAGGGGUGUUGAAAAGGAAGAAAUUGUGAGGGGUGAUAUUUACACAGCAAUGCAAAGUUUACAAGAUGCCUCCAGUGAAAGGAGGACGUGUCAACAGGAAAUAGAUGUUCAGGGUGAUGUCAGAGGAACGAUUCAGCUCCUACUGGAGCCUUCAACUUCUCCAAAAAUGCAAAGGAGCGAAAGCCUUGAAGGUGAUGUAAGGGGUGAUGUCAAGAUGUCAAUAAAGUCCUUAUAUGAGACACAAGAGCAAAACCAGCUGGAGAAAGAGGAAGUGAUAAAGGGUGAUGUUAAAGGUACUAUUAAAUCACUGCUGGAAACAGCACAGCGGGAAUCUCCCAAAGUCAGACAUGGAGCAUACAGAAGAGUCAGAGUGAAGCAGAGGCCUCCAGUUAAAAACCUAAAUGUUGAUGCACAGAGGAACAUACAAAAGAUAAAAACUGCUAAAUUAGUUGAAACAUCAAAAGAAAAUCACUCCCUCUCUAAUGAAACAGAAAUUGUUCAAACAAAGUCAUGUUCUGUGGAGCAGUCCACCCAGCAAACAAAAACUGUUGUGGAGCACAAAACUAUCACACAAAACCACGGUAUCAAAACAUUAAAGACGGAGUUCCGUAAUCUAAAGACCAACUCAAAGGGAAUGAUAAAAGCAGAUAAAACCAAAGUAAAAACUGAUGUUUACAUCCUAAAACCAGAAGUGCCAGAGCCUGAUCUGCCUCUUCCACCUCCACCUCCUCCUGUGGUAGACAAUGACCUUCUUCCUCCUCCUCCUCCCACUCCUCCUCCUCCCUCUGUUGACUCUGACAUUGAUCACCUUCCUCCUCCACCACCACCACUAACAAGUGAACAGGACUUCCUCCCACCACCUCCAUCUCAACAAGAACUGGAGAGCAUGCCGACAGAGAUAAUUCAUCCUUCACCAGCAAAAGCAAAAAAGAUGACAGUCAAAAAAGUGAAAGCUCCCGUUUUACACCCGGUCCCGAAGCUGGAGCCUAAAGUAGAAUUCAGUAAAACACAACAGGUGACAUCUAAGACAGUGGUAGAAAUGAGCCAAAACCAAUCGAAAACUGCAGUGCACACAUCAAAAACCAUUUCAUGUGAAAUCCCUCCACCACCACCUGAAUCACCACGACCGCUAAACAAAGUUUACAUCUCUCCUGUAAAAUUCACUCCUCCACCCUCCCCUCCUCCUUUCAUGAGAGGAAAAAUGAGUAAAUUCACCACACCAUUAAUAAAGGCAGAAGAAAAGUACCGGAUGCUGAGGGAUGACAACACACCCCCAACCACUCCAACUCCCACUUAUAUACAUGACUCAGUUACUGCUGCUCUUGAAAUGCUUUCCACCAAAGAUGCAGAACAGCAAAAUAACAACACAUUAGAAAUCACACAGGCAAGAGCUGAUAAUACAGCCUUGAAUGUUCAUUCAGACUCUCUAUCAUGUGAGUUAUCCAAGCAGGUUGUAGUCUCAAAUACCUCCCAAAGCAAUGUCAGUGCUAGUCAUGAAAGAUGCCUCACAGAUUCCACCGUUAUAUCUUCUGCCAAACAGCAAAUGGUUUCUAAUGAGAGUUCUAAGGUUGUCUCUGUUCAAAAGACCUCAUCUGUCUCAACUGUUAGACAAGAAAUGCAUACCACUACACAGAAAACAGUCUCUGUUUCUUCCAAAAAGUCGGCUCAGUCUGUCAUGACUGACAAAGUCCAGACCUCAAUCACUGAUGUUGCUGCUGAUAAAAAAACAGAUGUAAAGAAUGAGAAAACAAAGGGCUCCAACAAAACUGAGGAUAAAAAGGAAGAUGAAAUGCUCAUGUGCUCUGAGAAAAUCCCUGUUCAAAUAGUGAAAGCUGAAACAACUGUUACUAUUCAGGAGAAUGUAAAUUCACAAUCUGAGAACAAGAGGACAAAAGAUGAUACAGCGCCAGAAUUAACCAAUGCAAUUACCUGCAAUCAGUCCUCCAAAAAAGAAAAUGUCACCUUGGACAAAAAUGUAAAAACGUCCAAAUCACCACAGCAUGAUGACAGGAAUACUGAUCAUUCUCCUCCUAAGAGCCAAGAGAAAGUUUCCGAUCAGCCAAAGCAAACAGAAAAGGCAGCUGCCGAUACAAAUGGAAAAACAAGCAAACAAAACCAAAAGGCGAAAAAGAACAAGAAGCAAGAAAAGCAAGGAGAUAUAAAAAUGUCUGACGAGAGUGAGAAGCAGGUGACAAAGAACAAUAAGCAAGAAAAGCAAGAAGACAUAAAAAUGUCUGAUGAGAGUGAGAAGCAGGCAAAAAAGAACAAGAAGCAAGAAAAGCAAGUAGAUAUAAAAAUGUCCGAUGAGAGUGAGAAGCACGUGACAAAGAAAAAUAAGCAAGAAAAGCAAGUAGAUAUAAAAAUGUCCGAUGAGAGUGAGAAGCACGUGACAAAGAACAAUAAGCAAGAAAAGCAAGUAGAUAUAAAAAUGUCCGAUGAGAGUGAGAAGCACGUGACAAAGAAAAAUAAGCAAGAAAAGCAAGUAGAUAUAAAAAUGUCCGAUGAGAGCGAGAAGCAGGUGAAAAAGAACAAGAAGCAAGAAAAGCAAGUAGAUAUAAAAAUGUCCGAUGAGAGCGAGAAGCAGGUGGAAGUGAAAGAAGCUAUUGAGGUGAAAGUGAUCAGUGAAUCUAAAGAAGUAAAGACAGAGUUAAAGCAGGGGAUAAAUAAAGAUACUCCCCCUCCUGCUGCUGUCAAUGCACCUGCUGUUACUCUGAGUGUCACUCAAAGCCAACCAGAAACUCCAACUCCAACGAAAAAGAAAAAGAGGUCCAAAAAGUCCAAAGGUGGUGCGAAGUCAGGUCAAAGUAAAGAUAUUUCCACAGAAUCAAAGACAGGCGUUAUCGAAACCAAGACAGCAACAUCUGAAAAAUCCCAUCAAACUCAGGAAACAAUUGCAGUCACCCAAAUUCACAAAAGUGUAAAAGAGGAGCACAUUGAAGUCAAAAAAGAAGUCAUUACCACAGAAAGCAAGGAUGAUCAGAAUUCCCAGCACCAAAAAGCAGUUGAAAAGCAUCUGAAGGGAUCUCAAAAGAAGAAAGGGGUGACAGUUAUUCAGCAGAGCGCAGAGGAACCUCCAGAAGAAAGUAGGGAUGUCCCAAUUAUAGUGACAGGCGAGGAAUCUCAGAGGCGACAGGUCCAAGUGUUAAGCUCUCACAUCACAGAGAUACAGACAGUUUCAGAAAAGAAUGAUUCACAAUCUGUGAAAACUCUGCUUGAUACACUUCCAGAUUGGCUCAUGAGUCCAGAGAAAAAAUGUGAAUUGGAAAAUGGUGCUCAGAAAAAUGAGGAAACUCUUUCAGAUGUGAGGAAACUCGCAGAGACGAAACUGAUGCAUCUAGAAGAUAAUGAGAUGAUGGAGAAGCAUGAAUGUGAGCCAGUUUCUGAAAAAUCUGUGUCUGGCAGAUCAACACCAAGAAUAUCCAAGAUCAGUAUUGGUUCUGCUAAAAUAGAGAACCAAACUAAGAAAAAGACCACACAUGAAAAAAGCAAAGAAGAAAUGAGUCAGUCCAAGUCCAUUGACCUGCGGGCUCCCUCGCCAUCACUGAGGAUGCGUUCUCCCUCGCCGACGUUUAUCACCAUCGAGUCUACACGUAGAACUGACUCCCCGCAGAGAGUUACUCCAUCACCUACCCUUCUCCACAGGCCGCCCACACCCCCCACACCGCCGCCACGCAGGUGUGACACACCGACAUCACGCCUCAAUAGAAUCACACCUUCUCCAACAUUUGACAGAGCAGAAAAUUUAGCUCGACUCAAGGACACGACAGCAAAGCUCUCGCGUGGCGUCACCCCACCGCCACUCCUUACCCCACAACAAAUCUCAGAGAAGAAAUCAGAGAUUGUGGAAUCGCCUGCAUCAUUCCAUCGGCAAAUCAAAAUUGAGUCUCAGGUUGUUGAGUCUUAUUCUAGUACAACAAAAAAGAGUUCAUCAGAGGAGGUUCGGCAGGCUGAUACAAAUUCUGCAAAUGUAGAAAAAGAUUCAACUAAUAUGUCAGAGGGUUUGAAUGCAAAUGAAACACAAUGUAAGUCUGAGACCAACCUGCCAUUGUGUCAAAAUGCCCCAGAUCUUCCUGAAGCCUCAGAUACUUCAGAGCUAUCAUCUGCAUCUGUAAAAGAAAAGAGAGAGUUUUUCGAAGAGUCUCCUAAGGCUGAAAUUAAUAAGACCUAUGUGCGAAAGGAGCCCAUUGAUAUCCCUGAAAGACUGGGCCCAGACACAGAGGAGUGUGAAGAAGAAAAUGAGAACAAAGAGAAGGAUGAGCUUCCCAGGGCGGACUUGUCUAGUCUUGUAAACAAAUUUGAAUCACCAGAAGAGAAAAUAUCUAUCAGGAAAGAGCUUAUCUCACUCGCAGAGCGGCUUCACAAUGACACUGGAAGCACAGAUUGUGACAAAGAGAAUUCAGACAUCCUGGAACAGGAAAUGCCAACUUUUGACAUUCAGGCUAUUAAAUCUGUUUUUGAACUGGAUGAGCAAAAUUCCUCAUUCAGAGAGGAGAAAAAGGAUCAGGAGGAGGCAGUGUCAAGCCUGAGUGAAACAACAGUAGACACUUCAAAGCAGGAAAGUCCUCAAGAGACAAAGGGAGACUCACGGCAGAGCACACCCCUCCCUCCUCGGAAAGAUGAGGUAGAAUCUUUACCAGGCUUCACUGAAACCAAAUCAAUCACAGAACAUUUCUCAGAUGUUGAUGAAUUUGGCAAUAAGGUCACCGGAACAAUGACAGCUGUCACAAAGCACUCAGAGAGUGUAUCAACGCAACGGGUUCCUUUUUCCUACGCUGACGCAGUUAAAAGAAAAGCUGUGAAGCCAACAGAGACCUACGAGGACGAUGCUACUGAGAACUUGCUGAGGAAUUUCCACAAAACAUGGACAGAGAGCGAGACGGUUUUCAAGAGUCUUGGCUACACAGUUUCCGAGGAAACGACAUCACAAGUUGUGUCACAUCAGACGAAGAUUGUCUCAUCCGACUCGAGUUCCGAAGUCGGAGCUCUGUGUAGUAUGUCGGAGACGAGCUUAUCCGAUGGAUGCUCUGAUAGUGGACAAAAAAAAGUACCAUAAAUCCUGCUUCUGCUGUGAGCACUGCAGAAGUAAAUUAAGCCUGGGAAAUUACGUCUCUCUCCAUGGACAUUUCUACUGUCUACACCAUUACAAACAACUCCUCAAGUCCAAAGGGAACUACGAUAAUGGACUCGGACAGAAACCUCCCACAGGAAGUGGUGGACCCAUCCCCUCAGAUGAGAAACUUGAAUGGAGAUAUUCCAUGAGCAGCCUAAAUUCAGUAGACAGGGACAAAACACACAGUGGUGAAAACGAAAUGACAAAAAUAUUUGAUGAAAGCAAAUCACACAGCAACAAAAUAUCUGUAGUUUGGCCUCCACAAGCCGAUUCCCCAAAGAAAGCCUUUAAAAUUGAAGAAGACAUCCAGCUAACUAAACCACAGUGGCCACCUCUAGAUAAUUCCCCAAAGUCACCCAAACACCAACACAGAAAGGCUGUUCCAAGAAGUGUCCUGUGAAAUAAACUGUGUACUUUAGGCAAACAAACCCAAAGAAUAAAUGGUGAAGAAAAAUACUAGCAAAGAACUGUCCUGUACUGUAGGUACAAUUAAGGAAUUGUUUGGUUGAAGGUGAUGCAGUGAAGUGAUUUAAAAGGGAGCAUGAAAAGUAUAUGGAAGGAAACUGUGUAUAUACUUGUAAAUGGUGUGCGAGUGGAAAAGCAGGUUGUAAUAGUAAGUACUAGAGGGAUAGAUGUGGACAAAGUGUGGCAAGCGGAUGUAGACAUGAAGCGAUGUGCCUUGAACUGACAGGCGUCUCUCAUAUGCAAUGUUUCAUUCAUUGCAUUUUAUUUUUAUUUUCUCUCAUGUUCAGCAGUGACACUGAUGUAUCAUUUAGUAUUUGACACAAGAUCCAAUCAAAGUUGACAACAAAAGAUUAGUUUUAAACUGCUAAAGCAAAUUAAUGUCUAAACCUGACAAAUCCCACUGCCCUUGAACAUAGCACAGUUAAAUCAUCCAUGAAUGGUAUUUUGAAAUAUGAUUCGGCUCUGUUUCUUUUUCACUCCUUUUGUUUUACUCUAGAUAAUUAUUGGUUUAUACAAUUGAAUCUUUUUUUUUUUGCUACUGUAUGCUUCAUGGAAAUAGUUUCUGUCUGUGGACUCUGCUGUUGUAUUAUUUUAUCAGGGCUUUUAUCUUUCAACAUACCAACAUUUUUGCCUUUUUUAGCACCUGGUGUGCAGACUACUAAAAAGGAAGUUGGAAUGAUUUUAUUUAUAAUAUUUUAAAGUAUAUAAUAUAAACAAGUGAAUUGGUAAUAAUCAUGUUUGUUUUGGACAUUUGUAUCCUAUUUUGAACAACAAAUAUUUUGCAAUGAAGAUUUUAUUUUCUAGAUUAGCCAGUUCUGCUUGCUUUGUACAAGAAGAUUCCUGAUUUUGUCAUGCUGUCAGGCUGGUUCUCUUAUGUUAUUGCUGCUCCAAAGGCAAUAAAACAUUGAAUUUAA